AUGGUAGAAGAAACAUCAAAAGAUGGAGAAAAGGGAAAACAACCGGAGCAUGAUUUGCCGAAGAAAAAUCCGGUAUACCAUCUUGGAUCCAGUGAUGGUCAUGGUAUUUUAAUCACUCUGAUUUCUUUAAAAGGAACAAACUAUGAUGAAUGGGCAAGAGCUAUUAGAAGGUCGCUGAUAGCUAAACGGAAAUUUGGGUUUGUUGAUGGCACCAUUAAAGAACCAACAAAUCCUGAACAAUUGGAAGAAUGGAUCGCAGUGCAAUCAAUGGUGGUUUCAUGGAUUAAUAACACGAUGGAUUCUUCAAUAAGAUCAAUGUUAGGAGAUUAUGAUGAUGCGAGUGUGCUGUGGACACACUUAAUGAAGCGAUUUUGUGUUGUUAGUGGCACAAGAAUCUGUCAACUCAAAUCUGCUUUAAGUAACUAUCCUGCGAGAAGAAGAUUAUCUCCACUUUUGAUCGGCCUGGAUGGUAUGUACAGCUCACUGCGUGAACAAUUGUUAGCACGAGACCCUUUACCAACUAUUGACGCUGCGUAUCAAGCUGUGGUGAACUCUGAAAGAUUGAGAAUGGGAGAUGUUCUUCUGUCUAAAGAGGCACAGGAGAAUGUGAUGACGUUUAAAGUGCAGCAGGAUCAGACAACAACUACAAGCACUUAUGAUGCUACAAAGUUUUGUAAGCACUGUAAUAGAGUUGGACAUUCUGAAGAUGGGUGUUUCCAGAUCAUAGGUUACCCUGAAUGGUGGGGUGAACGAUCCCGUGGUGGCAGUGGUGUUAGCAGUGGUAGUAGAGGAGUUGGCAGAGGUGGAAAAACUGGUGGUAGAGGCCACGCAGCACAUCCAUACAAUGGUACUACUUCUGCAGAUGGAGCUGGUUUGGUUGGCGUAACUGCGACACAACUUCAACAAGUGCUAGACUAUUUGAGUUCAAACAAAUCUAAAUUUCAUUUGCAAGGCUUGCCAGAUGGGAAGUUUGCAAAUUCUGAAAAGAUAGGAACUGUGAUUCUUCCUGGUGGUUUGAAGCUUCACAAUGUUCUUUAUGUUCCUCAAAUAACAUUUAAAGUACUUGCUGUUCGGGGAGAUUCGUACGAGUUAUGGCAUCAAAGAAUGGGACAUCCGGCAGAGAAAGUAUUACAAAAGAUACCAACUGUGAGUAGGUUAGUUAGGAAGAAUAAUGAUGCUUGUGAUAUUUUUCCACGAGCAAAACAUCGUCGAAGUAGUUUUCCUAAUAGUAAGAGUAAAGCUAUCUGCAUAUUUGAGUUGGUUCACUUGGAUUUAUGGGGGCCUUACAAGACACCCUCAUCUUGUGGAGCUCAUUAUUUUUUAACAAUAGUUGAUGAUUUUUCAAGAGGUGUGUGGAUUUAUUUGAUCAAGAAUAAAACUGAAGUUGAAUUGGUUUUCCUUAACUUUAUUGCUCUUAUUAAACGUCAAUUUAACAAGGAAAUCAAGAAUGUUAGAAGUGACAAUGGAACGGAAUUUAAUACUUUGCUUGGCUAUUUUCAGACUAAUGAAAUUAUUUUUGAAACGUCUUGUGUUGGCACACCCCAACAAAAUGGGAGAGUUGAGAGAAAACAUCAGCAUAUAAUGAAUGUUGCGAGAGCUUUGAGAUUUCAAGCUAAUUUUCCAAUACAAUUCUGGGGGGAGUGUGCAUUAACUGCAGCAUACUUGAUUAAUCGAACACCAACACCUAUACUCAAUAACAAGACUCCAUAUGAAAUCAUGUUUGGCAAGGUACCUCCAUAUGAUCAGUUGAAAGUGUUUGGAUGCUUGUGUUAUGUGCAUAAUCAAAAUAGUAAAGGAGACAAGUUUGCAAGCCGAGGACGAAGGUGUGUAUUUCUUGGCUAUCCAUUUGGUAAAAAGGCGUGGCAAGUGUAUGACUUAGACACAAAACAAUUUUUAGUGUCAAUAGAUGUGGACUUUUAUGAGCACCAGUUUCCAUAUAUAAAAAAAAAUGUUGAGGAUUCAAAUAAUAUUGCUCCAUCAAGUAUGGAGACGUGUUGGAGUGAUGAUGAGGAUGGUGAAGAAGUACGGUUGUCUAGAGAAGUUAUUGAAACUCAGCAGCCUGAGAUGCAGCAGCAACAAAGAAGUGAUGAAACAAAACUUGGUAUUGAAGGUGCAACAGAGGAGUUGCGAACAAGUACUCAAGAACAUUCUGAGCAGACUGAACAGGAUGAUACAUCCAAUGAAACGUCGGGCAAAGUUAUGAUAGAUAAUAACAUCAGUGAAAUGGGUAAAGGGAAACGUCAGAAAAUUCCUUCUAGCAUACUGAAAGGUUUUGUGACACAUACAGUAUGUGAGAAUAGUCCACCUUCCACUCAACCUACACAAUCAUCGUCCUCAGGUACGCCUUAUCCUUUGACAUAUUAUGUUAGUUGUGAUCGUUUUUCCGCUGUGCAUAGAAAAUAUCUUGCAGCUAUAAAUGCUGAAAUGAACCCAAGAGCUUCAAAGAAGAUAUGA